GGGCCCAUGGGUUUUGAUAUCAGUGCUAUCAAAGGAGUUCAGCUCAAGAAAGUGGGAUUGCCAGUGGAAGACAAACAGAAAGUCAAGGAGUCGGACAAAAUUUACGAUGAAGAUGGAGGCGUCAAAUCAGCAUUUGAAAAAUUCAAACAGAAAGGAUCAGGUGUAGAGCAAAUAGACUUUAGAAAUAUUUUAUCUAAGGCUAAAAAUAAUAUUCCCCCAAAUGACACCGGAAAUAAGCCACAGAAAACAGUACCACCAACUCCAAUGAAACCCCCAGUGAGCAAAUGGGGAUUGAAAAGUACCCAAGGGGAACAAGGUUCCCAAGAAAAUGUAACCAAAAAACUCCCUCCUGUGCCUCACAAGCCAUCAGAAGAAGAACAGCAGACCGAAUCACCUCAAAAAUCACCCAUACCUUUCAAACCCAAGCACAGCGAUCAUCAUACCUUCCCAGAAGUUCCAACACCAACUGUGAGGUUGUCUCCCCUACCUGAUUCACCUCAGAGAAAGGAGGUGCCAGUACCUCCGAGGCAAACUGGUCCAAGCCAUGACACGCCUCCCAUCCCGGCCGUGAGGCGAUCUCCCUCCCCCUCUAAGGAAACACCUCCUCCGCCCCCGCCCGUCAAAUCGGUUCCAGACAAACCCCCCGUGCCUUACUCUCAAGUCAAACCCAAUGUCUCCAAUGGCACCAAGAUGAAUAUAGAGGAGGACCACGUCUCGUCAGAUGAUGAGGAUGAUGACAUUUACGAUGACGCUAUUUCAGUAAAAUUGUAUUCCUUGUUAGGUGAACCCUGGUAUUUCAAAUCAUUAAAGGAUAGAAAAACUGGCGAUAGGAAAGUCAAGAAAGUUGGGAAGGAUGGAACAUUUUUGAUACGAGAGAGUACAAAACAAGGAAAUUUCCAGCCCUAUACAAUGAUGGUCUUAUUCCAAAACAAUGUGUAUAAUCUGAAAAUUCGAGUACGAGCUGAUGGCAAAAUGGCUCUGGGAGAGGAAAAACCGGACGAAAUGUCCUUUAUGGAUGUCCAGAAACUGGUCAAGUACCACAGAGAUACGGAGGUUAUACUAGUGGGAAACACAGGGCAACACAAAACAUUGCUCAAAUAUUCUCCUCCCCAAAACUCCAUGUAAUUAACA